UAAAGCGCUAAACAAUUGGCCGCUCAAAUACGGAAGCGGGGCUCGCCGCUCGCAUCACUCCUCCCCUCCCGACCUCGUCUCUCUCGUCGCGGCUCCAAUUCCCUCCCGUUCAUUCCCUCUCUCCGAAGCAACCCCUAACCCCAGAUCCCCGCGCCUCGCACCCGCUCGCCCGCGCGCCCUUCGUCCUUUUGCUGGAUCCCACGCCUCGCCGACAGGCCAUUGCCGCUCGCUUCGCCUCGCCGCAUUGGGGCGUCGCGCUCGCUCGCGGUGCGGAGAUCUGGGAGGGGGAGGAGGUGCUUGGCCGUGGGGGCGGGGAUGAGGCGGGGGCGCUGGGCCCCGGGGAUCUGCGCGGUGGCGCUGGUUCUGCUUGCGGCGGCCGUCGCCGGAGAUCCCGAUCCCGAGGAGCUCGAGCGCGCGUUUCCGAUAGUGGAGCCAGAUUAUGGCCACACUAAACUUCGUCUCUCAGAACAAGGUCUAGAAGCAAUUCGAAGGAUUGAAACUCCUAUCGCAGUUGUUGGUGUCAUUGGUCCCUAUCGCUCUGGAAAGUCUUUUCUCCUUAACCAGCUUCUCUCCUUAUCAUGUGAUAAAGGUUUUGGUGUUGGUCAUAUGCGAGAUACUAAAACCAAAGGUAUAUGGAUUUGGGGUACUCCUGUUGAGAUGGAUGUUGAUGGUUCCAAAGUUUCUGUCCUUUAUCUAGACACUGAAGGUUUUGAGAGUGUAGGGAAAUCAAAUGUGUAUGAUGAUAGGAUAUUUGCUUUGGCAACUGUCUUAAGUUCGGUGCUUAUCUACAACCUUCCUGAGACGGUGCGUGAAGCUGAUAUAUCUAGGCUUUCAUUUGCUGUUGAAAUUGCUGAAGAGUUCUAUGGAAGAGUGAAGGGGCAAGAUGUUGCUUUUGAGCCAGCAAAGCUUCUCUGGCUUAUCCAGAGAGAUUUCCUCCAAGGAAAAUCUGUUCAACAGAUGGUCAAUGAAGCCCUCCAACGGGUGCCUAAUGAUAAUGGGGACAAAUAUAUUGAUGAGGUCAAUCAAAUAAGAGAUUCUUUGGCAGUUAUGGGCACCAACAGCACUGCUUUUAGCUUGCCUCAGCCGCAUUUGCAAAGAACAAAGUUAUGUGACAUGGAGGACAAAGAGCUUGAACCCUUAUAUGUACAAAGGCGGGAGCAGUUAAAGCAGCUUGUUGGAUCCAUUGUAAAACCAAAAAUCGUGCAGGGGAGAACUCUAAAUGGAAAGGACUUUGUGUCUUUCCUGCAGCAGAUUCUUGAGGCUUUGAAUAAAGGUGAAAUUCCAUCAACAGGAUCUCUUGUCGAAAUUUUCAAUAAAGCCAUUCUUGAACGCUGUCUGAAGGUGUAUAAGGGGAAAAUGGAUGGCUUACGUCUACCAGUACCAGAAGGCAAACUGCAGCAAGUUCAUCAGAUAGCAAAUGAUCAAGCUAGAAUACUCUUUGAUAAACAGCACUUUGGUAAACAUCAUGCUGCUCAGUCAGUUCUCAAGCUUGAAGAUGAGAUAAAAAAGGUGUACAGAAACUUCCUUCUAGCUAACGAGUAUCAAUCAUCAAAGCUGUGUGAAACACGCUUUUCGGAUUGUGAAGAUAAAAUGGAUCAUCUUCAAGUCUUGAAGCUUCCAUCAAUGGCAAAAUUCAAUGCAGGCUUUGGUCACUGCAAUCGAAGUUUUGUAAGGGAUUGUGUGGGGCCUGCAAAAGAAAGCUACGAACGUAGAAUGUCAAAGAUGCUUGCCAAGUCCCGUGCUCUUUUUAUCAAGGAAUACAAUAACAAGCUCUUCAAUUGGUUGGUGACCUUCUCCUUAGUCAUGGUGGUUGUGGGGCGCUUUGUCAUUAAGUUCUUCUUGCUUGAAAUUGUUGCCUGGGUGAUGUUUAUCUUCCUGGAGACAUACACGAGGAUGUUCUGGUCAGCAGAGUCGCUGUACUACAAUCCAGCUUGGCACAUCAUCGUUUCUUCCUGGGAAACCAUUGUUUACAGUCCUAUUCUUGAUCUGGACAGAUGGGCUAUCCCCAUUGUCAUAUUGCUAUUGUUUGCGGUUCUUUACUUGCGAUGCUUCGGUGGUAGAAGGAAACGAGGCAACCGUUCGCUCCUGCCACUGUACAAGAGCUCUCACAAGAACUCGAGCCGCCCCAGAUCAGAUUAGUGAUACACGAUGCCUAUGAUUCUUUUGAAAGGAUGGUGUAGAAUGUCAAACUUGUAGAUGAAAAAGAGGGUAUUCAGCCCAUUGUGGAUCAUCCACAGGUGUCGUUGGAUGAGCUUCUUUUGACGGUGCCCUGCCAGUAUAUCUCCGAUUCUUUUUGAUCGAUGAAGAGAGAUAGUGAAAGCUGCUGGCGUUGGGCACUUUGCACAAGCCUCUGUUGUAAUUUGUAUACGGAGUAUUUAUUCAUCUUUUGUAGCUAGGCUGCUCUUACAAGUUACGACCACAUUUGUUGCAAUUUUACAAGAUUUUUCGUCAAACAAUCUGAUAAGCAAUACUACCUUGUACUUUGGUAAUGGUCACGAGUUCUAAAUGACACUGGAAAUGAGUGUUGUUUAUUUGGUGGUGCCUAA